UCAGAUUACACUCCAGUGUUCAGCAUUAGUGAUCGUGAUGAUGGUACGACACCAGAGUUUGCGGGAGUGAACUUUGACCACAGCAAUACAUUAUGCACAAUGUUUAGACAAGUUUUUGGUUUGAAAGAGUUCAGACAUAACCAGCUCCCUGCUAUAAAUGCUGCACUUUUGGGACAUGACUGCUUUAUCCUUAUGCCAACAGGUGAGCUUUCCAUUUUACAUCAAUUUUGUUUCCUCUUAACUACCAUUUUGUUGACUGUUUAAUAUGUUAAUCCUUUUAAAAUUGUGAAAACAUGAUAGAAUUGUAAUUUAGAAUGUUGAAAAUUUAAAUUAAGAUAUUUGCACUAACAAAGUAUGUACUAUUCCAAAUUAUCCACAAUUAGUAAUAUCUAAUAUUAUUAAGAAAUUGUCUCUGUUUUAAGACUUAAAAGAAUCGUCAUAAAUCUUCACUGUAAGUUAUAAAACACUAUCAUUCCUCAAAUAAUAAUAAUAAUAAUAAAAUGAUAUCGAAAUUAAGCAAUGUGAUUUAUUUUUGCUGCAUAAUUAAUUUUUUUUGGUAUACAAAAAUAAAUAAAUAAAGAAAUAUUAUCAUAACUUAAAAGGGGUUACAAGAGAUAAUAAAAUAAACAAUUCUGAUCAUUUUCAGUUUACAGCUUCUUAAAUUUUUCUUACUUUGAAUGGCCUUGACCUCCAUCAUAUAAUUUUUAUAUGAUACAAUUAUGUUAGGUGGUGGAAAAAGUCUCUGUUACCAGCUUCCCGCCAUAGUUACAAAUGGAGUGUCUAUUAUCAUCUCACCUUUAAAAGCUCUUAUUCAAGAUCAGACUCAAAGGCUUUUGUCAUUAGAUGUAAGUUAUGUGAAUUUAUAGAACAGUGCUACUCAAAAUGGUUUGCCGGUCCGCGGGCCAUCAUCCUCCGGUCCGGAGAGCAUCAAUAUUGAUGUUUAAAUAAAAAGAAAAUGUAAUUAAUAAAUCUGGCACCGGUCCCUGGUGCAGUUUCGAAACUUGUCCACCGGUCCGUGAAAAUUAAAAGUUUGGGAAACGCUGUUAUAGAAGAACAAAGACUUUUAAAAUUAAAUUGCUUUAAAAUGCAAAGAAAUGUUUCAUACCUUGAAAAUUAAAAAAAAAAUAAAAAAUUCUGAUUAAAAUUGUUUCUUACAUUUUAAAUACAUUAAUGAACUGAGUUUUAUAUCAUAAUAUUAAAUUUAACUAGAUACCAGCAGCACACUUAUCAAGUGAAGCAGAUUCAGGUCAAAGCCAGUCAGUCUACAGUGGCCUUCACCAAAGGAGUCCUGCCUAUAAAUUGCUAUAUGUAACCCCAGAAAAGGUAUUGGUGCUUUGAGAAAUGUGUACAUUUUAUAAACCAAGUUUUAUUUCUUUAGAGCUGACAAAAGUUUUCUCUAUUGUUUGAUUCAUCAAUUACUUUGAUAUUGGUUAUAGUUUUAAAAUUAAAUAUGUACGACAUAGUAAAGUGGUACAUAAAUAUUUUAUUGUAAUUAGUAGAUUUAUUGAACAAUUGGCUGAAAUCGUCACAAGUUACUGUAGUAAAUAUUUUUGCAGCUUUCAGCAAGUGAAAAGCUUCUCAACUGCCUGGAUAAUUUGUACAGACGCAAACUUCUGAAUCGUUUUGUCAUUGAUGAGGCUCACUGUGUCAGUCAGGUAAUUUGACUGAGCUUGUUUGAGCUUGUUUUUUUGAAAGAAUUAUCAUAAUUGCAAAAAUAUAAAAAAUUGUUCAAUGCAUGGAAUAAAAUAUUUGUUUAUAAGACAUCUUGUCAUAAAAUAAUGGCUUUUUUUUUUUUUUUCCUAGUGGGGCCAUGACUUCCGACCUGAUUACAAAAAAUUAAAUGUGCUGCGCCAGAGAUUCCCGGGAGUUCCUAUGAUGGCUUUGACGGCCACAGCAACACCUCGUGUCCGUAAAGAUAUUAUUCAUCAACUUGGCAUGUCCAACCCAAAAUGGUAACUAUAUAAAUUGUUUAAAAUAAAAAUACUUUCUUUAACCCUUUGAACCAUUGGCUCCUGGGCCUAAAAUACCCAUGCUCCUGGGGAAAAAUUCCACAAACUGACCCAGAAUCAAACAAGAUCCAAUUAUUGUGAAUGAAAUUAUUUACAUCCCCUAUACAUGGUUGCACCCCCUAUUCAUGGUUGCACCCCUUAUACAUGGUUGCAGCCGCCUUCUAUAUGCUUUACAGCGAGAUAACAAAAAAUCUACUGCAGACUGGCAUUUCCACCUUAUCGCUACCAGAGAGAUGCAAUUUAAAAAAAUUUUAAUCUAAAUUUGUCUAUUAGUAGUCCACAAGUGUUAAAUUAUCACACAAAGAAAAUUGUCUUAGAAAUGGUGUAAAAUAGCAAAGUAAAAGUUUAUUUAUACAACCCUGAUUUUUCAUAAAAGCCAGGGCUAAAACUAGGGGUAGAUCAUUUGUUGUGUCUUUUAUUCCCAAAGCACUAAUCAAUAGCACUAGUAGUUGAAGUCAAUCAAUCAUCACUAUCAUCGUCUAUUUGCUUUAUUUCAAUCCUUUUUCAAAACGUGAUCAUAAUCCUUUGAAUCAUUUGCAGUAUCAUAAACCUGCUCUGGUUUGAGUGGUUCAGAAUAGCAAUUUUUGCAUUUUUCUUCACCUCUAUGCAUCGUAAAACAUUACUAACACGUAAUAAAAAAAACAAUGCAUUCAUGGGUGCGGCCAUUAUGGUGACCUUUUGCAAGUCAUGGGAUAAACCCUGAACUCCCUAUUUACAACACAUUUUAUGUACUGACUGUUGAUCUAGGGUUAGGUGUGGCAGACCGAAAUAUCAGUCUGGCAGGGUGUGGAUUUUUAAUGCACAGACCGAUAAAGCGGGAUCAUGGGGGUCAAAGGGUUAAAGAAUAAGAAAUCGAACAGGAUAAAUAGGUUUACAGACCUGUUUACCCUCAAACUCUUAAAAUCGUACAAUAUCAUCACAAAAUCGUUCAAUACCUUAUAUUUAGAGUAAAAAAUAUGCAAUACAGUAUAUACAUUUACACCUCAAAACCGUACAUUGUACGCCAAAAUCGUAAGAGUAAACGGGUCCGGGUUUAUUAAUUGAAAAUUCUUAUACCUGAUUAAAACUCAUAAUUUUCUUUCAGGGAUUAUAUACACAUAUUUAUAUCUUUGCCUAUCUAUAUCCAUAUAAUUGAUACUAGAUUUUAUAUUUGUUUUCAGGUUUAUGCAAAGUUUUAAUCGACCAAAUCUGAAGUACAGUGUACUAAACAAAAAGCGCUCUAAUGCAAGAUCUUAUAUCAUUGAAAUGAUCAAAGCAAGAUUCAGCAAAGACAGUGGAAUUAUAUACUGUUUAUCCAGGUAAACCGGUACUGUUGUUUUUAAUGUCGAAAUAGGUUUCAUAAAAAACUUUUAGAAAUAAAUUUGAAUCACUUUGUCAGCAGUUUUUUUUCCUUUUUUGCUGAAAUUAACUUAAACUUUUAUUUUUCAGAAAGGAUUGUGAUGACGUUGCUGCUGAUCUGAGAAAAGCUGGUGUACAGGCAGAGCCUUACCAUGCUGGCUUGGAUGAUCCAACAAGGGCUAAAGUACAGGAGAGAUGGUUAAAUGAUGAGCGGUGCAAGGUAAUCUAGAUUUAUAUUAUUGAGAACAGAAAGUGUAUCCCUCAAGUUAAAGUAGGUUCUCAGACCUGUUUACUCUUACAAUUUGGGCGUACAAUGUACGAUUUUUAGAUGUCUUUUACGAUUGUACGCCAAGACCCGCCAAAACUACGAUUUUUCAGAGACCCAGUGAAAAAAUAUUUGUGUAAUUUUGUCAGAUUUAAAAAAAGUUAACUAAAUUUUCGGUUGUGGAAGCUUUAACCCUCAUAAAGAUCUGACGGUGAAUGAACCGAGAAAAACGAUUGGUUGUUGUUGUUUUUUUUUUUACGUUGGGAACAAUCCUUCAUCAUAUAAUGUACACACUGAGAGGGGAGGUGGGGAUUGUUAAGGAGACUGGUGGCAUGAGAGAAACACAGGUAGGGGGAUAAGGUGGGAUUGUCAAAAGAUAUACAAAAUAUCCCGCAACGCAUCCUAUUGAUGGUGGUGACCGUCAUCAUGUUGCUUUGUGUGUUCAAGUGAACCAGCUAGCUGCGUCAACAGCAAUCUUUAGACUAGUCGCCUGGCGACAACUUCACUCACCAUCCCCUUGGACUUCUACUGCUAGCAAGCGUGUGUUCGUCUAAACCACGGUGGUGGUGAAAAUAGAGAAAACUAGAGAUGUAAGAUUUAGUCAGCUGCAUUUAAAAAGAUAUUUUAGAACUCACAAAGCACCUCUACCCCCUCAACGAUUUUAAGACAAUACCAGUAUCACUAUUGCUGCAAUCACCUCCCACACUUUUUUUUUACAGCUUGUGGCAGUUAAUAGUCUAUUAUACUAUAGCAGUGGUCGGCAAACCGCGGCUCGCAUGCGGGUUCAUGAAAAUAAAUUUGGCUUGCAAAAUUUGGUUGAUGGUCCUGCUGCUGAUUUUUGGCUCUUUUGACUAAUGAGUUUUCUGACCACUGCUCUAUAGGAUGUUAACGUAAAAAAUCAGGUGUAUAUUGGAUAGGCGAGGGUACUAUGUUUUUCCUAUUAAUGAGGGUGGGGGAAGGUGGGUUCACCAGCACCGAAAGGCGUAUUAGUGGACUACAGUGUGUCGUCACUAUAUCGUGUUAAAUAUGACUACUACAGCGACCUCUUUAUGAAAACACAAAGCAUUAGUAUAGGAUAACUGCGAAACAUUGUGGUGAUAUUUGUAUAGCCUAAAUAAUAAUAAUAGACCUAAUUAGAAUUUGUGGAUUUCACAGAUUUGCAUGUGACAGUUGACUCUAUAAGAGACUGUCAGGAAUCAGAAUAAUUAUUGUAGGAUUUAUGCAUACAUGUAGGUGCAUUCUGGUGCUCCCCCCCCAAAAAAAAAAAUAAAAACUCAUACGCAUCCCCAGCGAGUAAGUAAUAUUUUGAUGGCCCUUUACGUUGACAAGAUGCGGCUGGGAGAGGGGGUAUGAAUAAUUUUUAACAUUUUAAUUUUAAAUGUUAUAGAUUGGUUGUCCAAACAGCUCUGGUGUUCGAAAUAGGCUGCAUUGAUGUAUAUGCACAUUGCGCGAUUAUAAUGUUACCAUUAGGCUAUCAUUAAUGGAAUCGGUGAUCAUUUUUGUUUUCGGUUCCGUAGUUUACCUUACUCAGUAUUUUACGAUAUGACCUCGACAAAAAGAAAGGCUCGCGUAAUCGAUUAUGAAGAAGAAACUUCUAUUUCUACCGAUAAACAUCAGAUUCAACAAAAGAAAAAGAAAGUUUAUCAGCAGAUAGUCUUGCUUGAAUAUCAGACAAAAUUUACAGAGUUGCGUUCAUCAUCGAAUGGUCCAUCAUGCGCUCACUGCACAAUCUGCAAGUCGGACUUUUCAUCAGCAAUCAAUCAGGGACAAAAAAGUUGUGGUGUGGAUUUAGGAGAUUGUGUGUAUGGCGUAGGUCUAAAUAUAUCAAUCUAUACAAUCAACACCACGACAUUUCUGUAAUGACAGUUGUUGUUUUGGGGGGGGGGGGGGCUGUUCCUCCGUAGAAAGAACGUUACGUUAUUUAAAAAGUCUACAAUAUUCAUCUCCAAACUCUGAAAGUUCAAAAAUAGCAUUCUAUUUAUAUCUCGCAUGCUGUAAAAUACCACCCAAAGUAUUGUAGCAAUUAUUGCUGUGAUGUUGUCAUGAUAUAUUGUCCCCAAUAAACUCGCUAGCAGUAGUAGAGAACUUACAGUAAUGUUUAGUCAGGGGUGUUCAGCUAGUGUGUGACACAUAUGUCGUUGGGCUAUGCCAGUGGCUCUUAUAUUUUCAUUUCCCAGCGCCUAUGCCAUUAGUAUUAGGUUUUCGCCAGGCUCCCUGGGUGAAAUUCUUACAAGUACACUUCGAAAUAGGGAAUACACAAAUAAAAUAAAGGGUUAGGUAAAAAUAAAUAUAUGGUUUAUGACGGUAACAAACAUGUAGGUACCUAUAGCAGAUGCAUGUUUUCAAAAUGAAGUGACCGCAGUUUGCAGUUAACGUCAGUCGUUAUACUGAUUACCUUCAGUUCCAUUUUUUGACGAUCGCUUAACUCGAUGCCACUGAACACGCUAUACCAGUAGUUACUGCUAUAUCAGUAGUUACUGCUAUACCAGUUGUUACUGUGUACAUUAUAUAUUAUAUAUAUAAAUAUAUAUUUUGAGACAAUAUUGUACGAUUUUAGGAGCUUGUGGGUAAACAGGUCUGGGUUCUAAAUGCCAUCAUGGUCUUUAAAUACAGGUACUUUGGUUUUUUUUUUAUGGUCUGCUAUUUUGUUCUUCAAUCAGAAAAAAAUUUGAUGAAUCCUUGCUAAUAUAUUUAAAACAGGAUGAACUCAGGAUCUAUUCUAUAAUUAAAGUGUAUAUGUCAUGUUAACAUAUUUGUAUAUUUUUAUACAGGUGAUAUGUGCCACAAUAGCCUUUGGAAUGGGCAUUGACAAAGCAGAUGUCAGAUUUGUGAUACAUUAUUCAUUGCCAAAAUCUGUUGAAGGAUAUUAUCAGGAAGCUGGACGGGCAGGCAGAGAUGGAAUUCUCUCUUACUGCAUACUACUAUAUGAUUAUCAAGAUGUAAAAAGGCUUCGAAGAAUAAUAGAAAGUAAGAACAUAAUGAGAAAAGCCAUAUUCUAAUAAAACAAGGUUGUAAAAAACAAAGCAAUUAAAGAGUAACUUAAAUAUAAUUUACACGUUUUUGAGGAAUGAAUAGUAAUUGCUGAAUAGUCUGAUAUUUAUUUUUACCAGCUUUAAAAGUAUUGGAAUGAUUAGUUAUAAAAUAUUAUUAUGGAGUAGGUUUUAAUGAAACAUUUUAAUUCUGACAAUUUAUCUUUCAUGUGUUGAAUAUAAUAGAAUGCAAUGAUUAUCUUGAGGAAGCAAGUGGACUGAUAAUUAAAUAACUUAGUUCAAUACAAAAAUUUAGUUCAAUACCAUUUAUUAUUAAAAUGAGAAAGUUAUAAAGAAAAAAUGGUUUUGCUGAAAAAUAUAUAUUUGAGAGAUUAAAAAUCAUUAAAAAAUUUAAGACCUUAGCCAGCUCAUGACUCAAAAUGACUUAGUAAUGAAGUGUAUUCUCUUUGUUUGGUACAUCAUUUAUGCCAAUAAUAGAGAAAAAUAAAGACUUUUAAGAUACUAAAUAUGCUAUUAUCUUGCAGUGGAUCCAAAUGCCAAUUUUGAAUCAAAGCGUGUUCACAUUGACAACUUAUUUAGGAUGAUUAACUAUUGCGAAAAUGUUACUGACUGCCGCAGAUGCCAAAUCCUCCAGUACUUUGGAGAAUGCAGUUUUGAGAGAAACAUGUGCCCAACCAUAAUAGAUGCGCUGUGUGAUAAUUGUGAAACCGAGGCAAGUAAAGCAAAUGUUUACAUUUCUUAUAACUUCAUGGCUUAAAAUUAUAUUAAGACUUUCUGUUAGAAUGUUUGUCAAGUAAACUUGAAAAAUCUUUGACUUAAGGAUAGUAAUGAUAGAUUUUUUAUAUCUAGGAUUUAUUCAGUCUUCGAGAUGUGACAACUGAUGCCAAAGAAAUUGUGAAGUGUGUCAAAGAACUCAAUACAUCUAGCCGGGCAAAUUACACUCUCAUUCACUUUGUAGAAGUUUUCAAAGGUGAAUUAUGAGGGUUUUAUAAUAAAUAUAAUUGAUCAUGUCAAAUGAAGGUUUUUGUGAUUGUAUUACACACUUUUUUUUAUGCUAAAUUAAAUCACAACUUGUUAGCAUGAAGUGAUUUUACUUUUUUUAUCUUGUUGUUAUAAAUUUAUUUUACUUUUUUUCCCUUAAAGGCUCCAAUAGUACCAAAAUACAGGAUUUAGGACAUUCUAAAUUACCAUUGCAUGGACGUGGCAAGGGCUGGGCACGAAGUGAUGUUGAGAGACUUUGUCGCAAGCUUGUUAUAGAAGGAAUUUUGAAAGAAGACCUCCAGAUCACUGCCGGAGAACAUAUAGUUUGCUAUGUUAAACUGGGACCAAGAGCCGUAGAUCUGAUGCAGAAUAAGCUUAAGGUUAGUAUUUACACCAUGUUUUUCAGCUUAAUAAUUUUUUUUACAUUUAUUUAUUCAAUUCUACUAAAUUAGUAAAUUUUUAAAAUUAAUUUCUUGCCUUUCAACAAAACUGAAAACUCAAUCAGAACACUGUAUUUGUAUUGUAAUUACUGUGCCAACAGGUGGAGCUAGCGAUACAAGGUGAUAGAAAACGAAAGGAUUUGUUAAAGGUUGGAAUGGAGCUGAAGAACAGCAGAGAGAAACUUGAAAUGGACUGUUUGACAGAGCUGAGGGCAAAGGCGAAGGAAAUAGGUCGGUGCCCUUUAGCCAUUUCUUUCUUUCCAAAAUGUAUCUGUUCAUUUGUUUUCUUAUUUACUUAACAGCAUAUGUCUAUUUUCAAUUUUUGUUACAGAUUUAUUUCAUAGAUGAGGCAAUACACUGAUAUUUUCUUAUAAUUUAAUUAUUUUUCUUUUAUUUUUUGGUCUUCAAUUUAAAAAAAUAAAAUGCACCCAAAAAUGAAAAUUUCAAAUCAUUCAUGCAUAUAUGUAGGUUUGGUGAACUGUAUAAUAACACUUUUUAGUUCCCCCUGGGCAGUCAUCUGGUGAUUUCGUCUUUCCCAAGGAAGAAAACCUAUUUGGUAACAAUAUUCUUUUACUGAUCUGGAUCCUUAUCUUUAAGAUGUUACAGUUGCAACCAUUGCUGUAUGUCAAAUUAAAUUUCUUACAAUAUUUUCAACAGCUGCUGAGCACAAUGUUAAAAACUAUUCCGUCAUCUUCCCUGAGAGUGCACUGAAACAGCUUGCUCACUGCACGCCCAUCACUAGGGAGGAGAUGAUAGACCAAAUUGACCAUUUCAAUGCCGCAAUCAUAGAGAAGUAUCAGGCUCACAAGCUACUGGAAAUAACUCUGAAGUACAGUAUGGAACUUGCAGGUCCGAUUCAAAUACUGAAUAUAUUUAAUGUAAAGUUAAUAUUGUUUUUAGCUUUUGUAAUAGCUUUGGAUGUAUGUUUAGUGUUUUCUUUGGAAUCAUGGAGUUUUAAAUGAUGCUCUUACAUUGAGGACAUCAUAGGAAUCAACCAACACUUAUUCACGGCCGCCAUCUUGGAAGCAAAUGAUUCGCCAUUUUGUAAACAAUUGGGAGGAUCAAAAGAACCAAUUGAAGACAAGUCGCUUACCUACAUAAUGAUUAUCUAUGGCCUUGGAAAGAAAAAAAAAGCAGAGAGCACUGUUUGAACAAAAAGUCCAGACUCAAAAUGUCAAUGUACACCCAAGAACCUACACUCCUCACAGUCACUCUGACCAUAUGAUUCCCAUAAUGCCGUGCUAACGACCAAGUUUAGGAAGCAGCAAAAACUCAAGACUGAAAACAAGAUGUGCAAUGUGACCUAAACAAAUGUCCAUUUAUUUGGAUCAAUAAAAGCAUAGUAUUUUAUUUCUAAUAUAACAAUAUAGGAUAGAAUUGUAUUUAAUCAUAUUUCUGACAGCAUUUUGUUAGUUUCAUUAAAAAAUGUGGUACUUUAUCAUAUUUAUAAAAUUAUAGGAUUAAUAUUUCAGAAUGUGUUAAUUUACUUAUUCCAGCACUUGAUGAUGAUAAUUUUAAUGAAAAUGUAUCUGCUGAUGGAUGUUCCUCCCACUACUUUGAAGAGACUUCUUCAAGUGUUCGAGGA